UUUAGAUGCGAUGCGUGCGGAGACACGGUCAAGAAACCGAAGCUUGAUCAACACUCCUACAAGUGUCAUUCCUCUGUGACAUGUAUAGACUGCUCGAAAACGUUUGCCGGUCCGGUAGAGUGGAAGAGUCACACAUCUUGCAUCUCCGAAGCGGAGAAGUACCAAAAGGGUCUAUACAAAGGACCAAAACAAGGAGACCGCCAACAAGGGCAGCAGUACUCCAAUGGUCGUGGUCAACAUCAGCAGCGAGGUCGUGGGAGGGGAGGAUUUGGACAGGGGAUGGGCAUGGGAAGGCGGAUGACAGGAACAGGUGCGAAUGGCACACCAUUGGGGACGCCGUCUAGGAUGUCGCCUAUUUCCCAGCCGACUGCAGCUCCCGAGGAGAAGGAACAGCCGGCUGUGGCACCAGCUGUGGAGGUCGUGAAGGAGGUUGAAGAGAAUGGGAAAACGAAGAAAGAGAAAAAGGCGAAGGCGAAGAAAGAAAAGGCGGUAGAGUCGGAGCCAGGUACGGAAGAGGUGGCCGAGGCACCAAAGACAGAUGCUGUUGCAACAAAUGGCACUGAAAGUACGUCCCUAGCACUUGUCCUAUCAUCGCCAAUACUAACAUGA